AUGCCUAAGAAACCUGCAAGAUAUGGUAUAAAGAUAUUUACUGUGGUUGAUUUUAGAACCUUCUAUACUUUGAAUAUGGAAAUUUACUCAGGUCAGCAGCCAGAUGGGUCAUACAAGAAAGUCAACAGUUCUUGUGAAAAAGCAAAGUGCAUCCUAGCUCCAUUAUACAAUUCUGGAAGAAACAUUUUUCAGAAUUGUCAUGUUUUGUUUGACACAGACAGUUGGUAUACCAGUUAUGAAUUGGCCAAUUUCUUACAGAAAAAUAAAAUUUCUAUCGUUGGAACAAUAUGCAAGGAUAAGAAGAUUAUCCCACCUGAAUUAGUGUCGAAUAAUAAUAAAGAACAGCAUUCAACUCUCUUGGGGUUUCAAAAGGAUAUAAUGCUACUUUCUUAUAUGGCUGAAAAGAACAAAUGUGUUAACCUUUUGUCAACUAUGCACAAUGAUGACCAUAUUGAUGAAAGCACUGGAGAUUUGAAGAAAUCUGAAGUAAUUAUGUUUUAUAACAUGACAAAAGGAGCAGUUGAUAUAGUCGACGAAAUGGGUGGCACUUAUUCUAUGGCCAGAAUAUCAAACUGA